AUGGUUUUCCUUUGGAAAGAAAUCCUGGUGGAAACACUCCUGGGUUAUGUUUCCUGGUCUCUUUAUCAUGCCUUUCCACCGAUGAUCUAUUAUUUCCCUUUACAAACCUUAAAACUCACUGGAGUAGAAGCUUUUGCUCUUGUUUACCUCUCUCCUGUAUUAUUAACAAUUGGUCCAUUUUGGAGGUUGGCUAACAACAAGUAUAUUCUGGCUUUGUUGAGGCUGAUUACAAUUGGAAGCAUAGCCUCAUACCAAGCUCCAAACGCUCCUCUUCGACUCUUGAUUUUGUCUGUUGGUGUUUCUUCCUCCUUGGUGGUCCAGACAGUAAUGUGGUGGUCUGGGAACAGUUUGCAAAGAUACUGCAGAAUCUGGGGAUUUAUACUGGGAAAAUUUCUUCUUCUUGUUCUUCGGAUUUGGUAUACGUCAUUAAAUCCAGUCUGGAAUUGUAAGAUGUUCAAUACUACUAUAUUGGUUCUUGGCUUCAUAGCUGCUCUUGAGCGAAUAUAUGCAGGUGGAAGUUUUUAUGAGAAAAAAGAAGCACAUAACAUAAAUACAGCAAAGGAAAUGAUUCCUAGGCCAAACUGGUUUAUGUCAGGGACAGCUUUUGGCAGCCUUCUGCUUCUCACAUUAUGGAUUUUUGGAGAAGUAUCUUUAGUUUCUAGAUGGGCAGUGAGUGGACAUCCACAGCCUGGACCAGAUCCUAAUCCACAUGGAGGUGCAGUUCUUUUGGGGCUAGCUCACGGGCUGAUGUUUUCCUUUUGGUCUUGGUCUCCCUUUGCCCUUUGUGGUUGGUGCCUUAUAGGUGCAGCCGGAGCUGCAGGUCUUCUGAAGUUACCAACAUGGGGGGCAGCUCUUGCUGGCGACGUCCUGGCCAUCUUUACUAUGUGGACGUGGCCUCGUAUAACUGGGAGCUUUGUUAGUUGUUUGCAUCCUGUAAAAGUAAUGACUACAGCAGUGCUUGUGUACCUGCUGGGAGUGUUCUUCUGUGUGUGGUGUACCGCUUAUAAGUUUGUACCUGGUGGAACUUAUGCUCGAGAAAGGUCUGAUGUUCUUUUAGGAAUCAUCAUGCUAUUUAUUGUCAUAGACAUAUUACUUGAUGGUAAAAAAGACCUUCAUUGUCUAUUUGGGAUAAAAAGUAGUCAGAAGCCCCUCUUCAAACAAAGUGAAAAAUUCGUCAAAUUAUUUUUGUGGCUGUUUGUUGGUGUGGGCUUACUAGGAUUAGGACUGCGAUAUAAAGCUUAUGAGAAAAAACUGGGCCAUGGGCCUCCAAAGAAAGAAUUCUCUGCCUUGAUUUGGCCCUUCAGAUUUGGCUAUGACAACAAAGGUUGGUCUAAUCUGGAAAGAUCAGCUGUUCUGCUGAAUCAAACAGGUGCGGACUUCAUUACUAUUAUAGAGAGCGAUGCCUCCAAACUGUUCAUUGGAAACAACGACCUAACCAUGUGGCUAGGAGAAGAACUUGGCUUCUACACAGAUUUUGGGCCAAGUACACGGGACCAUACAUGGGG